AUGAGGGUGAUCAUUGUCACUUGGGGACGCGAGUUCUUCCUCGAGAUCGGCCCCCAGGAGCCAGUUCUCGAAAUCAAGCAGAAAAUCGAGCACCUCCUAGGUGUCCCCGUCCAUUCGCAGACCCUUGCAGUUCUAGGCUGGGAACUAAUCGAUGGCCUUGACAUGGAUGACUACCCUAUUGUUAAGGAAGGGACUCGAAUCGAUCUCACCAUUCAGAGCAAUCUCAAGCCGUCUAACCUAUACGGUGGUAAGAUCCAGAUGACUGUAAAGUUUUCGUCUCGACGGAUCAACCUUGAAGUGGACAGGACAGAGACCGUGCGGAGCCUUAAGGAGAAAAUACACAUCCUCGGAGGGGUGCCUAUCAAGAGGAUGUCCCUCUACUUCUCUGGGAGGGAACUGGAGGAUGAAUUUUGCAGCAUUACCGAGUACGGGAUCCGUGAGUCCUCGGAAGUGGUUGUGUUCCUUAACACAUUGAAUCGUCAGAAGGACAAGCCUCCGACGAGGAGGCUCAGCUUGGUCGUUGAGACUUCUUCUAGCCUUCUCAAUGCAGCUAGAAUUCCACUCGAGUUAAAGGAUUCUUGCUCUGUUAGUGACCUGAAAGAGCUGCUGCUCAGCAUGAAAAUUCUUCCCCCGGACGACUACAUAUUGAUCCACAAACAAAGGAUCAUGCGCGACACUUGCAGCCUCCAGUGGCAUGGUGUCGAGGAUGGAGAAUCUCUUUACGUAUUCAGAGGCACCGUGAAUCGUAUUGCCUAG